GGAUGACAAAGGACGAGAUGGUUGGACAGUGUUCUCAAAUCUACUAACAUGAGUUUGACCAAACUGCAGGCGGCAGUGGAAGACAGGAGUGCCUGGCGUGCUCUGGUCCAGGGGGUCACGAAGAGUCGGACACAACUAAACCACAUAUGAAUGAAAUAAGCAGCCAAUUUAGUAACCAGGCUUCUCCUGAUUUCCAGGUCCUGGAAGGAACUCCAAAAACCAAGCCAGGUUCUCCCUCCCCCAGGCAAUGUCUCCACGCGGCUGCCAAGCUCUGAAACUAAACUUGGCUUCUUGAGAAUGCCAGAGAAGUCUGUGGAACUCAUCUAUUCUGAGAACAAACUAGGGUCUCUUUUUAGCUUGGUGGGAGGACCUUGGGCUUUUGAAGCAAAGGAAGGGAUCGCAGCAGCCGCUUUCUGAAUAGUGUAGUGUUAAGAGGGGGGCUCUUCUACAGACGCUGAACCCUGUCUUCUGUGUUCCCACCUAGAGCAUCACCCCAAAGAUGUGUGCGGCUCUUGGGAUGCUGGGAACACGGAAAAUGUUGUCCGUCUUCAUGAUCCUUGCCGCUGUCUGUCUUCAGGGCACCUUGGUCCAGCAGCCUGGGACAGCGGAGCGAAGGAAGCUAUUCUUCGAAAGGUUUAGACGAUUGGAAGAGCAGGUGAGCCUUGCAUGGAUUGUCAUUAUCGUAAGUUCACCAAAUAAUGUUCUUGAUAGUGGAUCCUGCCGUCUGACCAAUGUAGAUCUGUAUCUAUUAUUGUGGACUCUGCAAUUUGCUGACAGUCUAACCUGGGGUGGACGCAACCUGUUAAACUCAUUCGCAAACUAAAAUCCAAAUCUGAUCAUUCAAAAUUCCACAAAUAUUUAAUUUGUUCCAGACUUCAAAUUAAACCACGAGAGUUUGCCCCUUUUUUAUGUACAAGGUUUUGUUACCCAUAUUCCCAUCUCGCCAUAACAUUUAUUUUAGCUCAGUAAAACUAAAAUGGUUGAAUUCCACAAUGUUUCGAAAAACCAGCUUCUUAAUUAUUGGUAUUCAUGCCUUUUGGACAUGUAGGUUGUGUAGCGAGUAUUUUUCCAUACAAAGUUUGUUUGCUUUUCAAAAUUAAGAUGCUAGGUUUCUUACCAGCCCUUCACAGUAAGUUCCCAGAGCAGGAGACAACAAUAUAAUAUACAGUUAUGAAAACAGAUAAAACAAUUACAGUUAUAAAAAACAACAACUAGUGAAAUCAUUCCAGCCAGAACAGAACAGUAAGUUCUGUGCGGGUUGCACAGAAUAAAAACAAGCUACCAGGGUCUUUGUUCUUCAUCAAAGGCUGGAAAUUAUUUUUUUCCCAUUUUAUACCUUUGAUUUGAACUUAGCAUUAUUCCUGGCGCUGGUAGAUAUUGCUCUAAUAAAAUAUCCAGGUUAUCUUUGAGGUGCUCUUUUGUUCUGCCUUGAUAUUCCCAGAAUGACUUCUUGUUGGGCUCAGCCUUUUUACCUGUUAAUUUCUCAAGAGAGCUGAUCAUACACAGGACUUUGUAGUUAGAUUUCUAGCUAAUAUUUGUUUGGGUUUCUCCAGUGCCCUUCAGCAGGCAACACCAGGCAGUUUGUAUUUAAAAGAAGAUCUAAAACAAUAACCACCUAAGAAAAUAACAGUGCAGGAUUUACGCAAAGCAUAAGGUGUCGCUUCUGAGAUAUGAAUGCACUAUAUGAGCUUAUUAUAUGAACUCUGCCAUUGACACCCCCCUUUGUCCAACUGCCAUUUUGUUUCAUUUGCAAUAUGAUGUAUUACAUAAAUAAAUAACAAAACCUGUUAUGUCCAACUGACCUACUGGAGUUAACAGAACAACUGCACUAUUAUGUACCUGCCCAUGCUGAUAAGAAAAAGUAGUAGUCCUUGAGGGAGAAUUCAAUUCAGCUUGCAUUAAUUAAAUGUGACCUUACCUAAUUCCCUGAAAUCACACAGCCAUACUUUGAAAUUCUUCAAAUUUGGCAUUUUACUUCUCCAGCCAAUUAAUGUGUCCAAAAAUGCAUAUGCUACUGUAUAAUGUAUACUAAAGACACUUGUUAGUGAAAAUUAAAUGCAUUAAAGAUACAUUAUUGCUUUGCAAAGAUGUGCAUAUUGGACAAAGCUGCAGGCAAAAAUGUGUCUAUUAGGAAUAAAAUCCGGAUGAAUUUUCAUUAGGACUUGCAAUCUUUGUUAUAUGUGAAGAGCUUUACUUCAAACUGGGAAGAUGAGAAACCAGAACUUGGCAGAUUCACUCAUCCCUGCUCAGAAUGCUCCUUGCAAGCUACUAAAGAACCAUACCAAAUACAUUUAAUGCACAUGACCUCCCUUUCAACAAUCCCGGGAGCUAUAGUAUCCCUGUCACAGAGCUAUAAGUCCCAGCACUAUUAACAAACUACAGUUCCCAAGAUCCUGGGGGUGGGGAGCUAUGUGCUUUAAAAGUGUGUUGGAUAUGCUUUAAAAGUGUGUUGGAUAUGCUUUAAAAGUAUGGUGUGGAUCUGCCUCAAACGAGAAAAGGAUAUGUUUAGCCUGGAAAAGAGGAGACUGAGAGGAGAUAUGACAACCGUCUUCAAAUAUCUCAGGGGCCAUCACGUGGAAGAUGGAGCAAGCUUGUUUUCUCCUGCCCUGGCAGGUAGGACUUGAACCAGUGGCUUCAAGUUACAAGAAAGGAGAUUCCGACUCAAUAUCAGGAACGAACUCCCUCCGAAACCCAGAAGUAACCCGUUCCGGUACUUCCAGGUUUCGGCGCAUCAGUAACCUAAAAAAACACAACCUGAAGUGUCUGUAACCUGAGGUAUGACUGUACAGUGAUACCUUGGUUUCCGAAUGCCUUAGUUGUCAAACAAAUCAGCUCCCAGACGCCACAAACCCAGAAGUAAGUGUUCCAGUUUGCGAAUGUUUUUCGAAAGCCGAACGUCCGACGUUGCUUCCAAUUGAGUGCAGGAAGCUCCUGCAGCCAAUCGGAAGCCGCACCUUGCCUUUUGAACGGUUUCAGGAGCCGAAUGGAUUCCCGGAAUGGAUUAAGUUCUAGAACUAAGGUACCACUGUAUCACAAAACCAAUGGAUCCAUUUGAACCGAGAUGAAAUGAAAACCGUUAUGGUUCACGGGGGAAAGAGAGCUUGCUGAAUAGCAGUCAUACCUCGGGUUACAGACACUUCAGGUUGGGUUACUUCCGGGUUUCCGCGGUUGCGCAUGUGCAAAAACGCUAAAUCACGCUUUGUGCAUGUGCAGAAACGCCAAAUCGCAAGCCACAGGCACGCAGACGCGGGUUGCGAACGCUGUGGGUUGCGAACGUGCAUCCCGCAUGGAUCACAUUCGUAACCCGAGCGUCCACUGUACAAGUAAAACCAAGGCCAGGAGUCCAAAUGGGGAGAGGCAGUGGGUGUUGUGGCGUGAGUUGUCUGCCCAGCAACCAGCUAUAACAGGCACUGAUAAAUAAAGCAAUUGAUUCUUGAGAGGCACCCUUUCCAGGACUAGCAGAGAAGAGUCCCGAUUUAGAGAAAUGAAAGGGAGCGUCGUGGGUUGUUGGGAGGGAGGUGCUGUUCUAUCUUCAGAUGGGGCAAACACCCAUCCUUGCAGGCCCUCUGGCGCUACUGAGAUAAUAGCGAUAACUCGCUGCUGUGGUCGAAGCAGGAGACAUCUGUUUGCAAUCCUCUGUGAUGCUCAAGAGAAUGCACCCGCCAAAAAUAGUGGAAUCGGCAGCUGGCGGCAAAGAAGUCUGGGUGCUGCUCCAGUCGCCGUGAUUCAUUAGGCUUGGGGUCAUGUUUCCCUUUAAAAGUUAGUGGGAGUAGCUGCUGUUGUGAUAUCUAUUCAGCCCUUGGCAGCCCUGCUAGGAUUAGCCAAUAACCUCUUGCCAGCAACCACAAGCGUGUGUUAGAUUGUGCUUUAUCAUUAUUCAUAAUAAACUGAGGCAGCGUACACGCCAUUCAUUGACGCACACAGUUUCCCAUAAAGAAUCUGGGGGAACCUUAGUUUGUCAGCAGUGCUGGGAAUUGUAGCUUUGUGAGGGAGUAAACUGCAGUUCCCGGCAUUUUCUGGGGGGAAGCUAAGUGCUUAAGUGGAUGGCCUAGAGUAGCUGGGGCAACUCAGUCAGAUGGGUGGGUUACAAAUUAUUGUUAUUAUCAUCAUCAUCAUCAUCAUCAUCAUUAUCAGUGCUUUUUUUCUUAAGAAAUGUUUAGGGGUACUCUCAUUUGACUCAAGAAAACCACCAUUUUAUAGUUCAAAUUGGGGGAAAUAAAGUAAAUGGACAAAAGUACAAAGAUUCACAAAAUGUUGUGCAUACCCCCAGAAAAAAAGCACAUGGUGAUGAUGGUGAUUAUGGCAGCCUGUCUGCAUUUCACAGGGAAGCCUUUUAAUGUGCAAUGUUUUAUUAUGUUUUUAUAUGUGUUGGAAGGUGCCUAGAGUGGCUGGGUAACCCAGUCAGAUAGGUGGGGUACAAAUAGAAUUAUAUUUCUAUUGUUAUUGUUUUUACUAGAAUGGGAGCAAAUGAACAAGAGCUGCCUUUUCACCCCCUUCGUUUUCCCCACAGCAAUAUUUCAUGGAUAAGGUGAAAUUCUUGGGGGCAGGCAGGGGAUUAUUGCAGUGGCCAGCCACAUCCCCGCCAACAGUCAAACCUAAAGCUGGCCCUGCACAGAUGCACAAAGCAUUAAAAAAAAUAAAUCAAGAUUCCUUAUGUUCCAUUCCUCUCCGUGUUUCCUCCGGCCCAGGGCCCUGCCCUCUGCCUGCCCCCCAGAGCUGGUGCAUCAACCUCUCCUCCUUGCCUGCUCUCGAGUUGCCAUUAUGAGCUGCCCAAGGGAGGAGGCCAGUAGCAGAGGCCAUGGAGAGGCAAUGGGAUAAGACCUCACAGCCGCUGCCACUGCAGCCGCCGCUGCCACUGCCGCCUGGGACAAACGCCGUCUCAUCCUCCUUCCUGAGCUCAGUGGCGGCAGCAGUGGCGGGGGAAAUCGGGACAUUCUGGGAUCAAAUCAGAAGCCAAGAAGGCUUUCGAAAUUCCCAGACUGUCCCUGGAAAAUCCAGGAUACUUGGAAGGUGUGCGGCCACCAUCUUGCUUUCCCCAGAAAGCCCUGUUCUGAGGUGCUGUUUUGAAUUUGAGCCCCACGUCAGGCAAAAUAUUCCUGCAAUGCAAGGUUGUUGGACUAGAUGACUCUCGUGGUCUCUCCCGAUUCUAUGAUUUUAAGUUCAUCUCACUGGAGACCAUUAGCCCGAGUUAUUGACCUAACCCAAGGGUGUCACAAGCUUGUGACGAUUACAGUCUCCAUAACCAUUUACCUAUUGAUUUCCAGAGGGUUGGGGGACCUUUGGCCCUCCAGAUGUUGCUGGACUACAACUCCCAUCGUCCCUGACCAUUGGUCAUGCUGGCCAGAGGCUGAUGGCGAGCCAGAGCUCAGCCGCACCUCCAGGGCACCAGGAUUCCAAUUCCUGGCCUAUCAGGAACUCACAACCUUUGAGGAACUUUUGAAGGUUCCCCAAGGGAGCUUGUCAGCUAGGAAAUAAUGACGUGAAGCGUUUUGGAUCAGAAAUAGCAAAAUAAACCCGUUUAUGAGUAUAAGUCACUCGUGAAUGGUUUCCAGUUAACACUAUAAAUAACGGCAGCCCUUACUGUAGAGAUAUAAAUAGAGUUGAGUGAAUUCAUGGGCUCCAAGGAGUCCAGUGGAAAAAUGUAACCCUGCCUCCAGAUCCUAAGAUCUCACUCAACCCAUUUCACAAGCGCGCAUCAGACUGCCAUGCUCCUGGGAGUGACCUCAAUAAGUCUGCUCCGUCCAGCUCCAUCUCUUUUCAUGACAUUUUGGAGCUACUUCUAUGUUUGGCGCCAUGCACAUGUGUGCAAUUGUGCAUCGUUCAGACGCGCCUAAACCGGGAGCGGCCUGUACAGUGGUACCUCGGGUUAAGUACUUAAUUUGUUCCAGAGGUCCAUUCUUAACCUGAAACUGUUCUUAACCUGAAGCACCACUUUAGCUAAUGGGGCCUCCCGCUGCCGGCGUGCCGGCGGAGCACAAUUUCUGUUCUCAUCCUGAAGCAAAGUUCUUAACCUGAAGCAUUAUUUCUGGGUUAGCGGAGUCUCUAACCUGAAGCGUUUGUAACCCGAGGUACCACUGUACUUGGCUGGACAACCGCACUGCAAAAUAGGGAGAAUUUUGAAGGAGGGCUGCGUUUUGGCUUGCAGCUUGCUUCCAAAAUUGCAAAUUAAGUCGGCUUGCCUUUCAAUGCAAGCUGCAUCAAAUUUCUCCCCUGUUCCUAUCUGGAGAUAGUGCUGGGGGCCAGAUAGAAAGUACUUAAGGGCCACCUUUCAUUCUCUGCCCCUUCCCUCAACCCUUUGCUGAUGCAAGUCUGGAUCUGCAGUGUGCCUCACAUUCCUCAGCCUCUCUAGGAGCCCUCCAGAAACCUAACUGGGUGAAAUAUACUCAGAGUCGAGAAUGGAUUUCAUGCUCUUUAUUCAGCUCAUAGUGGUGAGGAGGAAUGGAAGUUUCCCCAGAAUGUCUGCUUUAUAUACAUUAUUUACACAAUGGGCCCCACGUGAUUGGCUAAUUCUGGGAUUCUCCUGUAGGCCAGUCAGGUUGCGGAUUCACUUCUACCUAGAGCUGGAUUGGGUGGCUCCUGUGGACCAAUCAGACUGCUGCAUUCUGGGUCCUAUUGUUCUAGGACCAAUCAGUAACUGCUGCAUUCUGAAUCCUAUUGUUCUAGGACCAAUCAGACUGCUGCAUUCUGAAUCCUAUUGUUCUAGGACCAAUCAGACUGCUGCAUUCUGGACCCUAUUGUUCUAGGACCAAUCAGACUGCUGCAUUCUGAAUCCUAUUGUUCUAGGACCAAUCAGACUGCUGCAUUUUGGAUCCUAUUCAACUCAGUACAUGACACUGGGUUUUUCUCCAUUCCCCCCUCACCCUAACUGUUUUCCAGUUCCGGCGGUUCCAGGAGGUCACCCUGAUGCGCCUUCAGGAGAUUGCUGGGAAUUACAACGUCUCCUACAACAUUGACGCCAAGUUUGAGCAGCUGCUGAGCAAGCACCAGGGCCUGGAGUCCGCUGCCAAUGAGAGCCACGCAGCCACGCAGGAGGAGCUGAGCCACUUGAAAGCUCUGGUGAAGAAGCUGCAGAACAAGGGCAAGAAGCAAGACUCAAAGUUGGAAGCCCUGGAAGAAGCCUUGCGCGAGAGGGACCGCGAGAAGGCGGCAGAGAGGCAGCAGGAGAGAGCGCUCCUGGCCAACUUAACCCAAGAAGUCGAGAGCCAUCGAGAGGACACCCAGGCCGUGCACGCUGGCCAACAGAUCCUCCAGAAAGCCCUGGAGAGUCUUCAGGAUGCCCUCAAAAGCCAGGGGAGCAAGCUGGAUGAGUUGGAGCAGCAGCUGAAGAACCCCGUGCACAAUGAGGUCCUUCUGCCGAACCCCCUAACUGCGGCUCAGCUGCUGAACCGGGUCCCCCAAGAGCAGGAACCAGAGGCAGCCGGCGGGCAGAACCCUACCGUGAAAAAGCUCCAUGGGAAGCAUCGCCAGAGGAAGAAACUGCUCCAGGCGAGCACGCGGCUUGCAGCCCAGUCUCAGGGCAGAGGGCUGCAGAGCGGAUCGCCUCCGGGUCAGGAAGCUCCGCAGCAGCAGGAGGCAGAAGCGGAACAGCCUCAUCUGCAGGAGCCACAAGGGCUCAGGCAACAGCAAGCGGUCGUAGACAAGGCCCCUGAAGAGCAGUCGCAGUCAGAGGCGCCUCAGAAACCAGGGACAAGUAUGUGUAGAUGAGCUGAACCAGGUUUAUCCUGCCAGAAUGGCCCUGCUAAGCUACCCAGAGGUGGUAAUAGCAGCAGUGCUGUAUAGUCGAUAGCCAUUGGUAGCUUGAAGGAGACUUUGUGACCAGGGAGAUGGCUCAGUCAGUAGAGCAUGAGAUUCUUAACCUCAGUGCCGUGGGUUUGAGCCCCACACUGGGCGAAAGAUUCCUGUGUUUCAGGGGGUUGGAUUAGAUGACCCUCAUGGUCUCUUCCAACUCAACAGUUCGAUUAUUCCCUUACCACCUUUGGUCUUUGGAACCUCUCUUCUGGAGUAUCUACCCUGAGAGGGAACAAUUCGGGUCCCAUCCACACCAUACAUUUAAAGCAUUCCUUCGGACAUAUCCAGGCAUCUGCCCACUUUAUUAAAGUGCCGUUAUUAAAGCUAUAGCUAACGGCUUAAAAAAAAAAGGUAAAGGACCCCUGACAGUUAAGUCCAGUCGCGAACGACUCUGGGGUUGCGGCACUCAUCUCGCUUUACUGGCUGAGGGAGCCGAUGUUUGUCCACAGACAGUUUUUCCAGGUCAUGUGGCCAACAUGACUAAGCCGCUUCUGGCAAAACCAGAGCAGCGCACGGAAACGCUGUUUACCUUCCCACCGGAGUGGUACCUAUUUAUCUAUUUGCACUUUGAGGUGCUUUCGAACUGCUAGGUUGGCAGGAGCCGGGACCGAGGAAUGGGAGCUCACCCUAUCACGGGGAUUCGAACUGCCAACCUUCCGAUCGGCAAGCCCUAAGCUCAGUGGUUUAGACCAAUGCUCCACAGAUAAUAUAAAUAAUACUGGCAACAAAGGGCAUCCAUGACAUGUAGCUCUAGAGAGAGUAAAUUUUUCUUAUGAGCAUCCAUUGGCCGAGUUAUUAGCUGAGAGAGUAUGCAGAAUCUAUACUUAUCCUUUGUCUAACUAUUGGACUACAUCCCCAUAGUUCCAAUAUUGCUUUAAAAAUGGCCAUUUAAUGUGGUCAAAUGCUUUUUCAGCGUCCAUAAAAAAGAAAUGCUCCCAUUCUUUUGAUUUUUAAACCAUGUAAAUAACUUUUAGGGAUGCGGAUGGUGCUGUGGGUUAAACCACAGAGCCUAGGACUUGCUGAUCAGAAGGUCGGCGGUUCGAAUCCCCGUGACGGGGUGAGCUCCCGUUGCUCAGUCCCUGCUCCUGCCAACCCAGCAGUUCGAAAGCACGUCAAAGUGCAAGUAGAUAAAUAGGUACCACUCUGGCGGGAAGGUAAACGGCGUUUCCGUGCGCCGCUCUGGUUCGCCAGAAGCGGCUUAGUCUUGCUGGCCACAUGACCUGGAAGCUGUACGCUGGCUCCCUCGGCCAAUAAAGCGAGAUGAGCGCCGCAACCCCAGAGUCGGUCACGACUGGGCCUAAUGGUCAGGGGUCCCUUUACCUUUACCUUUAAGUAACUUUUAUGAAUUUACUUACGCUCUCAGCCAUUCUUCUGCCUUUUGCAAAGCCUAAUUUUUCAACAUAUUGAUAAAAUUUCACAAAUAAUUGAAAUGUUGGUCCUUAACUUUAUAUCUCAGAUGAGCAGUGCUAUUGGUCUCGGGCAGGGGCAGUUCCCAGAUUUGGCAUAUGUUAAACUUGUAGGCUUGAUCGCCUCUUUCUCUCUCUUUCCCCACAGUCUGCAACGUGGAUUCCAUGCUGUUUUUCCCUAACGCUUCCACAGAGAACUUUGCCACGUUCGCGCCAGGUUUCCAGGCUGGCCUGCUUGAACUGAGCCUCUGUAGCUGGGUGAGCACCAGUGCCAACUACCUGGGCACCAUCCUGUCUUAUGCCACUGAGGAUAAUGACAAUAAGCUGGUACUCCACGGUCGCGAUGCUGCACCCCGGAACUCCAUCCACUUUGUCAUUGGCGACCCUGCUUUUCGGGAGCUGCCGGUGGGACGGAUCCUGGAUGGCAAGUGGCACCACAUCUGUGUCAUCUGGUCCUCCAUCCAGGGGCGAUACUGGUUCUAUGUGGACAGGAGGUUGGCUUCCAUGGGCUCCAAGUUCCAGAAGGGCUACGAGAUUCCCCCCAAAGGGUCUCUUGUAUUGGGUCAGGAGCAAGACACAAUGGGUGGGGGGUUCGAACCCUCGGAGUCUUUUGUGGGCUACCUGGCCGGCCUUGCCAUAUGGGAUCGCGCGCUCUCCCCCGGAGAGGUCUCAGGCAUCGCCAUCGGGAGAGGCCUGCCCCGUGGCACAAUCUUCACCCUGGCAAACAUCUCUGCCCUCCACGGAGCGCUGCAGAAGGUGAACUGCACUUGCCUCGAACACUGCCUGUAAUUCUCCCCAUUUCAUACCCACACAGGGCAACCUGCAACCCAGGCAGCUAGGAUGAGCUUGGGAGCAGGGUGGGGUUGGGGCGCCGCUUCUCCUGAAGUAUAAUGUGGCAAAGAUAUUGUUGAAGGAUGCUGUGGCCGCCUCGGAGGCAGAUAGCUCCCGCCGCCGCCACCAGCAGGUUCAGAAGCCAGCAAGAAACAGAUAAAUGAGCUCUCAGCAAACAGCACAAUGGAUUGGAGCUCAACUCAGCACUGUCUAUUCAGAACGCAGUUUACACCACAAAGUGUUGGCGAUCGUUCCCUUCCCUGGCGUUUAGCUCUCCGGUACCUGCCCUCCUUCUGCCCUUGCAAUUUCAUCCCUCCAGCCCCUUUGAUAGUCUCUGGUUACUUCCAGCUGACCUGGUUUGAAAGCAAACACCUGGUGCAUUUAGUUUGACAAAGCAUUGUCCGUCCGGAUAACAAACUCAAUCUGGCAGCAGGUUAGACAACGUCAGCUAGUUUUUCAGCAUCCUUUCUAACUGUUUUAUCACGUUGCAUCAAGUACUCGAUAUUCCACAGUUUCCCAGUGCAUUUGACUGUCCUUGCUACUAAAAAAGUCUGAUUUAUUUUUUAAAGUGGGUUUGUAAGAGCACCAGAUCCAUGUUAAUUGCUGGUAUGUGAUUGAAUCCCACCAGAAAAUAGCAGCAGUCCGGAUUCUGGAAGCGCCUCCAGCCCUCUGGGCCUCACCUCUGAAGACAGACUUGCCGUUUCUCCCCCUCAGCCUCCUGCCGCUUCAGUCUCAUUCUGGAUUGAUUGUAAAAAAUGGGCAAGCGAGUUUCAAGAACCAAACUGACAUGUUGAGAGUGAAAGCUGGGUAGAUCCUGUCUGGUUUUUGGCUAUGUACUGCCAAUGCAUUUUUUGUCCAGUUGCUGAAGCUGCAGUGGCAGCAACAACACACCUCUUAACAGCACCACUGCAGAAUAGUGGGAAGCAGGAGAAGUCAAGACGUAGCAAACACGACAACAAUUUAGUCAAUGGGGCUUGUGCAGGAGGACUUCCUGGUAGCUUGUACAUCAUCUUAUCUUUCUUUUCUUUUUUUAAAAAAAAUUAAAUUUAUUUUCAAUUACAAAAAUCCAAUAUAUGCCACAUUAUAUCAAUACCAAAUUGCCAUUCCAAUUCAAAUAUCAAUCACUUAAAAUGCCAAUUACACGUUUUAGAUAGCCCCCCGCGUGCUAGAUUUCAAGGUAAGAUAAUUUCAUUUAAUUCUGCUUCCAAAGACUUAUUUAAUCCAAUUACAUUUCAAUAUUCAUCGCAAUCCCUUAUACAGCAGCUACAGUGUUCUGCCUGUGUAUCAUCUUAUCAAUGAACUGAGCAGUGUGCUUGGAUUCCCCACCUCGGCCUAGGGCAGGGAUGGAAUUUGAUUUUGCUUGCAUUUCGAUGAGAAAUGGCCCGAUUCCAACUUCUCGAACCAAUACAUGAACUGAAACAGCAAUCCUUUGAAAUCCACGGUCGUCCGAAUUUUGCGAUGUGAUUCUUUAACCAAACGACGUGUCCGAAAAUGCAUAUACUUAAAGAGUGCGUGGAGAUGUAUACGUAAGUGAAAAUAGCAUAUGACGUUGCAUUGCUUUGAGGGGCGGGUGAAUGCUUGCCAAAAUGGGCAUAGUAAUUAGAAGAACUGCAUGCAAAACUGGUGGAUUUUCAUGGAUUCAGCAGCAAAAACCUGCACAUUGUUGUGGAAACGUGGAGAACUGAAUUUAAGAUUGAAAAAAUGGGAAACUGAAAAGGACACGUUCAUCCCUCUGUACCUCAACGCCUGCCCCUGUUUUCUGCCUCCUCUUAUCCAGGUAUCAGUACUGCAAGAUGGAUGACCUGAAGACCCCACAAUAUUUCUCUCCCAGUGCCACAGUGUAGUGAUGUUGGCACUUUUCUUUCCCUAUGUAAAAAAUACAUUUGGCAGUCAUGCCACUCUGCAGUUUCAUAGGGGUGGAGGGUGGGGGGACAUGGCCUUCCAGGGCCGUAUUCUGCUCAGAAACAUCCAGCCCAUGACUCAGAAAGGCUGAAUAUUUGGCUCAAAGUACACAUGGUGUAAAGAAAUAUCAACAACCUCAGAUCUGCAGAUGACACAACCUUGAUGGCAGAAAGUGAGGAGGAAUUAAAGAACCUCUUAAUGAGGGUGAAAGAGGAGAGCGCAAAAUAUGGUCUGAAGCUCAACAUAAAAAAAAUGAAGAUCAUGGCCACUGGUCCCAUCACCUCCUGGCAAAUAUAAGGGGAAGAAAUGGAGGCAGUGAGAGAUUUUACUUUCUCGGGGUCCAUGAUCACUGCAGAUAGUGACAGCAGUCACGAAAUUAGAAGACGUCUGCUUCUUGGGAGAAAAGCAAUGACAAACCUAGACAGCAUCUUAAAAAGCAGAAACACCACCUUGCUGACAAAGGUCCGAAUAGUUAAAGUUAUGGUUUUCCCAGUGGUGAUGUAUGGAAGUGAGAGCUGGACCAUAAAGAAGGCUGAUCGCCGAAGAAUUGAUGCUUUUGAAUUAUGGUGCUAGAGGAGACUCUUGAGAGUCCCAUGGACUGUAAGAAGAUCAAACCUCUCCAUUCUGAAGGAAAUCAGCCCUGAGUGCUCACUGGAAGGACAGAUCCUGAAGCUGAGGCUCCAAGACUUUGGCCACCUCAUGAGAAGAGAAGACUCCCUGGAAAAGACCCUGAUGUUGGGAAAGAUGGAGGGCACAAGGAGAAGGGGACGACAGAGGAUGAGAUGGUUGGACAGUGUUCUCGAAGCUACCAGCAUGAUUUUGACCAAACUGCAGGAGGCUGUGGGAGACAGGAGUGCCUGGCGUGCUCUGGUCCAUGGGGUCACGAAGAGUCGGACACGACUAAACAACACAUGGUGUGCAGUGCAUGGAUACAGUUAGGGUUUAAAAAACUAUUAUUGUUAAAUGAAAAGCAGCUGUGAAAAAAGCAGGCCAAGUUGGAAACAGAGGACUUGUGCAGCAAGUGGCUGCUUAACCCGCCUCCUGACUCCAAAUUCCCCCCUCUCCCCUUUUGCUGCAGGGGAAAAUAUACAGGAUCCGUCUCUCUCUCCCCUUAUGAGCAGAAAAGCAGCUGGGGUGAGGCAGGUUUGAGCAGGGAGGAGAUAGUAAGUAAAUAAAAGGGUUAAGCCAGCCCUCCAGACACAGCCUCCCAUUGACUGCUUUUCAUUUUAAAAAAAAUAGUGGAAGGAAUCAGGGAACUGCCCAUCACAUGUAAUUUGACUCUUCCUUCCAGCGUUCAUCCCCAUUCCUUCUUUUAAAAAUAGAUAACAUUCUUGCUUAUUGCUCCAAACACAGCUGUACUGGAGAGGACGACUAAGCAGAAGCAUCCGCUGCAAAUUUAAUGUAAAGUCCUGCCAUGUCUACUGGAAAGUUAGGCUUCAUAACUGGCAAAGAUAAUCCUGAAAGAAAUAUAGCAAUAAGCUCCUUCCAGCUGGACAAUUAUGAUCUUCUCCCAGGUUUCCCACCCAUUUUGUACUUCUCCUGUCCGGUUGCAGCCCCGCUGCUCUCUGCUUCCACAGCCCCAAGCCAUGUUUAAUUUUGCUGUAUUGUAUAAAGUGAAAUACAUAUUGGAGAGACCCACU